CCCCAAAAUCUCAACAUUAAUGAAGAUGUCCAGAUAUACUACACAGCUGGUUGUGGCGCUCAGCUUAUGCUUGCUUCUUCUGGGUUUUUCAUACUCUGCCGAGGCAUCUGCAAGACCUAUUACUGGAGCAGCAGCAGCAGCAGCAAGAUUAACACCUAAUAAUGAUCAACAAUGUAACUUUGGUAGUUGUGGUAAUAAUGAUGACUGUCGAGCGAUAUGCCAACCACUUGGUUAUCUUGGAGGCUACUGUAAGAUGAUGGCAUCUUUAUCAAAUGGUGGGGAGAAGAUAGAUGUUAAUCGAUACCAUGUUGCAUAUCCCAGGUGCUGUUGUGUGAUGGAUCUCUAGCUUGGAAUCACUGUAUUGUGUACGUUGUUGAUGUAUCUCUGGUUUUUUCUCUAAUAACUAAAUAAAUGACCUUUUUUCUUCUUAA